AUGGAAACUGAUGUUAGUCUUCUUAAAAGCGGCUCACAGGCGGUGCCGGGCGUACAAACGCCACUACCCAACUACGUUAAUAACACAUGGCAAAAGUCCGAGGCGGCUGAACUGAUUGACGUUAUAAAUCCUGCGACUGGGGAAGUCCUCACCCAAGUGCCGCUUUCACCCGCGGAAGAGGUACAUCAAGCGGCUACAGCCGCCGCUGAUGCGCUCCACGAAUGGCGGCGGACGCCACCCGUCCAGCGUAUUCAAUACCUCUUCGCCUUGAAAAAUCUUUUAGAGGAGAACUUGGAGGAUAUCGCCAGAACGAUUACGCUGGAGUGUGGUAAGACGCUUGACGAAGCGACGGGUGAAAUGCGGCGUGCGAUCGAGAAUGUUGAGGUUGCCUGUGGUAUUCCCACACUCAUGCAAGGCACGAACUUGGAGGAUAUCGCUACCGGAAUUGACGAAUUUAUGAUUCGUCAACCUGUCGGUGUAUGCGCCGCAAUCGCACCUUUCAACUUUCCGGGGAUGAUUACUUUCUGGUUUCUACCCUAUGCUAUUGCCUGUGGGAACACUUACAUCGUCAAACCUUCCGAAAAAGUACCAAUCACGAUGCAAAAGGUGUUUCAGUUGCUGGAACAGACGGGACUGCCUAAAGGUGUUGUCAACCUUGUGAAUGGUGGUAGGGAGACUGUGGAUGCAAUCUUAACGCAUCCAGAGAUCCGAGGCGUCAGUUUCGUCGGGGCGACUGCGACUGCUAAGGCAAUCUAUGCGAAGGCUGCUGCAAACGGCAAACGGGUCCAGUGUCAAGGUGGGGCGAAAAAUCCGCUGAUUGUCCUUCCUGAUGCGGAUCCGCAGUUUACUGUCAACGCUGCAGCCGAGAGUGCAUUCGGAUGCGCUGGACAGCGCUGCCUUGCGGCAUCUCUCACUUUCACGGUUGGCGAGGCACGGCACUGGUUCACAGAAGCCAUCGCCGACACCGCCACGGAUCGGGUCGUCGGAAAUGGGUUAGAGGAAGGUGUCGAAAUGGGUCCCGUCAUCACCUCCGAGAGCAGGAGCCGAAUUGAGGGGCUGAUUCAAGCGGGUGCUGAUGAAGGCGCGCAACUCCUUGUUGAUGGUCGGUAUCCGAGUGUCUCUGGCGGUGAAAACGGCAAUUUUAUUCGACCGACAGUCCUCAAUGACCUUAACCCGCAAGGCGAUAUUGCCAGAACCGAGAUCUUCGGACCUGUUUUAGGGCUCAUCCAUGUUGAGACAAUCGACGAUGCAAUCGGGAUCAUCAAUAGCGGGCGUUACGGCAACAUGGCGUGUCUCUUUACGAGUAGUGGCGCGUCUGCCCGUAAAUUCCGAUAUGAGGCAGAGAUUGGCAAUAUCGGCAUUAACAUCGGUGUCGCUGCACCGAUGGCAUUCUUCCCAUUCAGCGGUUGGAAAGAUAGCUUCUUCGGUGACCUCCACGGUCAGAGUUGGGAUGCUGUAGAUUUCUUCACCCAGAAAAAAGUCGUCGUUGAACGCUGGGCUUAA